AUGUCUCAAUAGUAGUAUACUUUUAAAAAUAAUAAUGGGAGUGGAUUAGGUUCCUCAUCAAAUUUAGGAAAUGCAAGUAGCAGAGAUAACUUAAAGAAUUUAAUGAAGAAGUAGCAAUAGAAUUUAAAUUAUUGCGAUAAUUAGUAUAUUUAAGAAACCAUGAACCGCACUGGAUUGAAUAGUAGCAGUAAUAAUACUUAGUCACCUUAAAAUAACAAUAGUUAUUAAAAUGCAUAUAUCAAUGGAGGAUAAAACUAUCAAGCUUUAAAGAAUUAGGGAAAUUCAAGCUAAUAAUAAACUUCAAAUAUAAAUAAAAUGAUUGAGGCAUAUUAAAAGAACCGCCCAGUAACAUCAUAGUAGUUGCAAUAGUCCUAUCAGCAACAAUAACCUCUACAUCAUUAAAACACUUAUUCUUCUCCUUUGAGAAAUAACUUCAACAAUACUAGUGUAAUUUAAAAUUAAAAUUCACCUUCUUAGAGAGCUAUUACGGCGCAAGAUUCUCGCCGUGAAAGUAAUAAUUAUAAUAAUUAGAUCAAUAUUGAUUUAAUGGAAAGGAAAAGUAGUCUUGGCAGAAAUAAAAUAGACUCCUCUUUUGAUAAUUUGAAUUCCAGUUUUGGAAAAGUAGUCUCUAGUAGUAAUAACUAUAGCAGUUAGUAGAAAAGUCCUGCUCCAAGUACAAACAAAGUUUAAUAAAUGCUUAAAGAUUUAAUGGGAAAUACUCAGAAUGUAGAAAAGACUUCUUAGUAUUAAUUACAAAGCAGCUACUCAAAGUCAAAUCUAAAUAAAACAGACUAAAAUGUUAAUUAGAUUUCACCCAUAAAUUCUAAUCAAUCCAAUCAGGUGAACUAUUCAAACAGAAAUGAAAUUAGCCAUUUAAGAAGUAGAGAGAGUAGUAAUGAUAAAAAUAAAUUUAUUAAUCAAUCAAAUAGUAACUUAACAUAAAAUAAUUUAUAUAAUAAUCUGAUUACAAGCUCAAAUUAAUUAUCAAAUAGACUUUAAAAUUAAGUUUCAUAUUAAAAUCCAACAGCCAGAUAAAGUAGUCCAAGUCAAAACAAUUAAACUCAAAUUAAUAGCUCAUUUAAUCAAGGUACUGCUUAUAAAAAUAUGGCCUCAAUUGAAAUAUAAAAUUUCAACUCUAACAAUAAUAUUAAUGAUUCAUAUUCAUAAAAAUUAUUAAAAUCAAGUAAUUCAUCUAAGAACUUGCAAAUGAUUGACUUGGACUCUAAAAAUAUUAAUAAAUCGACACAAAAUUUGCUUAAUAAAUCUAAGACCUAAUAGGCACAAUAAAAUUAAGCUACUUUAAAUAGAAAUGGGUCAAAUUCAAAGCUAAGGUUGUAAGAUGAUGCUAUAGAACAGGCAUAUAAAAACAACCGUUCUAUAACUCCUAAAUAUACAAGCUAAAACUAAACAUUAAACAAAACCUAAACUAGUAAUUAGUAAUAAUAAAGAAAUAAAUCUCCUCUUAGUAGUUCUAUAAAUAAUAAUAACUUAACAUCUCAAAAAUCUUUGAAUGAUAACUCAUAUCUGUAAAUAGUUGGCACUUCUUCAUCUAAAUAACCUCUGUCUAAUAAUAACAACUCAUCUUUUUCAAAUGUCAAUAAUAGUUCAUUCAAUUAAACUAAUAUUGCUUCUUCUAGCAACCUUAAACAAGCUGCUCAACAAAAUGAUUUAUUAAAUGAUUUACAAAAAAGAAGACUCACACCUACUCCUAUAAAUUAGAAUUUAGAAAUUUUUGAAAGACACCAGUCUCUAUAAAAUAUAAUAUAAAUGCAAGAGUAGUAGUAAUAUUUAAAUUAGCAGCAAUAAUCCUAGAAUAAGUCACCUUUGAGGACAAACAACUAUUUUUCAUAACAGUCUUUAAAUAAUAAUAUACAACAAAACAGUGCUAAAGAGAAUAUUUCUUCUAUUUCAAACCAUUUAGGAAAAAAUUUAGCAUCCACAGUAAAUGUAAAUAAUAAUUGCAACAACAAUAACUAUUAAAAUUAAGGAUAGAGAGAACCAUCAAAAUCUCCAAAUCAUUCUACUAAUACUUUUAGCUAAAAUUAAAAUCAAUAACAAGGACCUUAAUCUCAAAUUUAAAAUUCUAAAUAAACUCAGUAAACAUAACAAUUUACGUAAUCGCUUAGAGGUACUAGCUAAGAAGCAAAGAAUAGUAAUUAGCAAUUACUUACUUUAUAAUAAAAAUAAAAUAACUUAUAAAAAACAAAGCAAGCCAAUACUCCUUUAAAUAAUAAUGGUAAUAUUUCAGGAGGUGUUAGCUAAUCAUCUACAUCUUCAGCAUCUUCUUAAUAAAAAUCGACAGAUUUAAAUAAAUCUUCUAAUUCUAUAUUAAACUAAAAGCAAACAAAUUAGUAAUAGCAAUAACUACAAUAGCAAUAACAAUCAUAGAAAAAUAUUUAAAAUUAACAAAUAUAACAGCAGGGCUCUUCAUAAAAUUCUCCUUUUUUUGGAAAUUAAUAACUGAAUAACAAUAAUGAGAAUUAACAUCUAAAAAAAAUCAAUCCUUAAAAUUAAAAUGAGCUUUUGAAAGCUAUUCAAGAAUAAAUAAAAUUAAAAAACGAUAAGAAAUAGGGCUAAACUGGCUAGCAAAAAAAAUAAAGAAAUAAACCAUCUCAAGAUUUUCUAGAUUCUACUUAUUUUUAAUUUAAUUCUUAAUUGAUAGAAUAGAUUUAGCAAGAAUAGACAGAAGAGUAAAAAAAUACUACAUAAUAGUGUAUUCCCAAAGAAUCUACAAAUUUAUUAAAUAAUUCUCUGUAUUUAACAUAAAUUAAACAAUCUCAGCAAGCCUCAUAAAACAAUUUUCCUUCAUUCGGAUAACUCCAAACUUCCUACGAAAUGCAAUUGCAGUAAGCUUAAUUGAUGACUGAUAAUCAACAGUUGUAAUAGUAGGCACAUAAUAAAUCUAAGCUAAAUCCACAAGUUACUUAAUAAAAUUAAUAAAUUAUUUAAAUAAAUAAGCAAUAAUAAAUGUUUCCUCCAUAAAGUUAAAGUGAACUAUCAAAGCAACCUAAAUAAAACUAAGAUGAAAUUUUGCUAAAAUAAAAGUCAUAAAAUGUUGUAGAUGAAAGAAAUUAACUACUUAAUCAAUAGCUUGUUAAGAAAAAUUAAUAGCUUAGUAUAAAUGAAAAAAGCUCACUUGCCCUCAAUAAUGAUCAAGAAUCUGUAGACUCUGCUAAUACAACAACUUGCUUCAGUGAAGAGCUUUCUAAGAGUACUUUAGCUAAAAUAAAUUUAACAGAACUGCUUUAGAUAGAAUAAAAUUUAUUUGACCUCCAAAAGGAUGCUUUCAAAAGCAAAAAGUAGACCACUAAAUAUUGUAAAAAUUAUUUAAAUUCCAUAGCAGAGUAAAACAUCGAUAAUUUAGAAAGAAUAGGAUCAGAUACUAAGCAAUCUUAGAUUUUAAUUAGAAUGUUUAUUUUAGAGAGAAUAUGUGUGAUGCUAAGUUUGCAUGAAUCUUUAAAUAAAGCCAGUAGUAACUAGGAAUCAUUGAAUGAUUGUAAUGAAGAUUUUGAUGAGGAUGAUGAUUGCACUAACCAUAUUAAGAACACUCUUUAAUAUGUCCAUUUAAACUUUUUUGUUUUCCUUGACACAGUAUUUAGCAAAUAUAAUUUUACGGGUAGCACAAAAGAACUUGAAUAGUAAAUUAAAAAAGUAUUUGAAACUAGGACAAAGGUGAAAAGAUUUUAAAACUGCUUAAACAAAUAAGAUAAAUUCCAAGUUAUAAGUAACUACUGUGAUAUAAUACUUCCUUAUUUAAAAAAUAUUGUCUAAAACUAUGAUAAAGAACCUUACAUUUCUAUAGCAAACAUACUAAAUAAUAUUUCUAUUUAGACUGUCUCAGGAACAAUGUCUAUCCUUAUGGACUGUUUUUAAAAAAUUAUUUCAGACCUAGGAGAGAAAGCUGCUAAAGAAAGUAAGAGUUCAAUCGAAGAUUCUUUUUCUGAUAUAUCUUCUAAAUAAAACGCUUCUACAGAAAAAUCAAAGAAUACAAGCAUAAAUAGCACUUCUGAAAAAUAGAAGGUAUCUGAGGACUCAAAUCAAAAGAAAAAGCCACAAGUUGAAUAAUCAUAAAAUAGCUAAAACGAAUAUAUAGCCGCAAAAUAAAAUUCUAAUCAAUAGGAAGCUUCAAUAAAGUAACAGCAAAAAGAUUAUUACACAUAACUUGAUGAAGAUUAAUAAGAUGAUGACGACGAUGAAGAAGAAAACUCUGAAGAUAGACUUGUUGGUACUAUUCCAGCUCCUUAUUUACCUCCUAUAGAUAAUCCAAAUAAGUAUACACUAGUACUUGACUUAGAUGAAACACUUGUUCACUAUUAAGAGAUACCAGAAGAAGGUGGAUAAUUUUUGAUUCGUCCUCAUGCAGAAAUUUUCCUUUAAAAGCUUUCUGAGUAUUACGAAAUAGUAAUUUUUACAGCUGCAUUAAAAGACUAUGCAGAUUUUAUUUUAGAUGUAUUAGAUACUACUUUUGUUAUAUCACAUAGACUAUACAGAUAACAUACUGAUAGAAACGGAAGAUGUUUUGCCAAGGAUAUUUCUAAAUUAGGUAGAGAUUUAUCUAAAACUUUGAUUAUUGAUAAUCUCCCUGAAAAUUUUUGUAGAUAACCAAUGAAUGGGAUACUAAUUUAAAGCUGGUAUGGAGAUCCUGAAGAUAGAGCAUUAUACGAUUUAAUUCCUUUGUUAAUUGAUGUUACAUAAAGCAAAAAAUACAGAGAUGUUAGAAUAGCCUUAUAAAAGCUAAGAGAACAGACAAUGAAAAAUUUACUUAAUGGUAUUAAUGAUCCACAUUUAAAUAUUGUCCUUGAUAAAAUUGACUGA